AUGUCAGAAGUUCCGCAUUAUGUGCUCUAUGAGCACGCUGUCGGAUAUGCGUUAAUGAAAAUCAAAGAAUUUGAAGAUGCAGGGCUGAUUAUUCAAGAGGUGAGUGCAUCUAUUGCUGACGUUUCGAAAUUUAGUGGAAUAAUCAAAUUAGCAGCUUUCGAUCCCUUCAAGAACACCGAAGCUGCUUUGGAGAAUGCUAAUGCUAUCUCUGAAGGAUUGGCUCAUGCGGAUCUCAUCAAUUUCCUUGAAAGCAGUCUUCCUCAAAAGAAGAAGAAGCUGAUCUUGGGUGUUAAUGAUUCAAAGCUUGCCGGUUCGCUUACUGAAGCAAACGUUGGCAUAAAGCUUGUAUUCGGAGGUGUUGUUACCGAGAUACUACGUGGUGUUCGUGUCCAUUUCGCUCAUCUCGCCAAAGAUCUUCCUCAUCACUCACUGGCCAAGGCUCAAUUGUCUCUUGGUCAUAGUUAUUCACGCGGAAAGGUAAAAUUCGAUGUUCAUCGUGUGGAUAACAUGGUCAUUCAAUCGAUUGCUCUACUCGAUCAACUUGAUAAGGAUAUUAAUUUGUUUGGAAUGCGCAUCAGAGAAUGCAUUGUUUUUCAAGAAAUCCUGGAGGGUGAUGAAGAAAAAGCGGCUGAAGUGGUUGAGGCCGCUAGAACUUCCAUGGGAAUGGAUAUAGCGGAUCUGGAUCUCGUCAACAUUGAGAGGUUUGCCUCUCGUGUUGCCUCACUGACUGAAUAUCGUCAACGUCUUCACGAGUACAUCAAGGAUCGUAUGAACAGCUGCGCCCCAUCGUUGAGUGCUUUAAUUGGGGAGCAGGUCGGUGCUCGUCUCAUAUCACAUGCAGGAUCUCUGACCAACUUGGCAAAGUACCCAGCGUCUACAGUUCAAAUUCUUGGUGCUGAGAAGGCGUUGUUCAGAGCUUUGAAGACUCGAUCGGCAACACCUAAGUACGGUCUCUUGUUCCACUCCUCAUUCAUCGGACGAGCAUCAGCAAAGAAUAAAGGAAGAAUUUCUCGCUUUCUUGCCAAUAAAUGUACAAUUGCUUCAAGAAUUGAUUGCUUCUCAGAGGUACCUGUGUCCACUUUCGGAGAGUUUCUGAAGGGUCAAGUCGAGGAACGAUUGAAGUACUUUGAAACCGGGGAGGUACCACAGAAGAACUUGGAUGUGAUGGUAAAAGCUCAAGAGGAAGCGAAAGUCGUCCAAGAGAAGGUUCUGAAAAAGAGAAAGAAGGCUGCUAAAAAGGCGAAGAAGAUACAGGAAGAGACGCAGGGUGAAUCAUCAGAGGCUGUAGAGGUUGUGCUCACGCGGCUCUCAUCAUUUCCUUGGGAAAGCAGUUUCGGAAAAGAAGAAGAAGCUGAUCUUGUGGUGUUUAAUGUUCAAAAGCUUGCCGGUUCGCUUACUGAAGCAAACGUUGGCAUAAAGCUUGCAUUCGGAGGUGUUGUUACCGAGGUAUACUACGCGGCGUUCGUGUCCAUUUCGCUCAUCUUCAUCUCGCCAAAGAUCUUCCUCAUCACUCACUGGCAAGGCUUCAAUUGUCUCUUGGUCAUAGUUAUUCACGCGAAAGGUAGAUUAAUCUUCCAAGUUUUUAGUGCACUUAUGUUUGAAGCAAGGGUAAAAUUCGAUGUUCAUCGUGUGGAUAACAUGGUCAUUCAAUCGAUUGCUCUACUCGAUCAACUUGAUAAGGAUAUUAAUUUGUUUGGAAUGCGCAUCAGAGAAUGGUACUCAUAUCACUAUCCGGAGCUCUUCAAACUAGUUCCGGACCAGUACAAAUACGCGAAGCUGGCUGUCACCAUUCUGGAUCGUAAUAAGAUGCAUGAGAACGAAAACUUACUCGCUGAAAUUACUGAAAUCCUGGAGGGUGAUGAAGAAAAAGCGGCUGAGGUGGUUGAGGCCGCUAGAACUUCCAUGGGAAUGGAUAUAGCGGAUCUGGAUCUCGUCAACAUUGAGAGGUUUGCCUCUCGUGUUGCUUCGCUAACUGAAUAUCGUCAACGUCUCACGAGUACAUCAAGGAUCGUAUGA